CCCAGCCCACCGCAGCCCACCGCAUCCCACCGAAGCCCACCUCCCACGCUUUCUCUGGGUCUCCCUUUUUGGGCCUGGCGCCGCUUUUGGUGCGGUCUUGGAAGCCCAGGAAGCCCCCAGACGCUCCCCCCGGGACAUGCUGCCCUUGGCGAAGGAACAACCCAAACACCGUCCUUCUCAUCUGCCCCUAGGACUCAACCACUCAGACGUUUUGUUCCCCAUUCUCAUUCUCACUCAGCUCAAUCAAUCUCUCCGCUGACAGAAGCGAAGCCAGCACCUUUCCUUCCUUACUUUCAAGCUCGCACAGCUCUCGUUCACAGCACUUUCUCUACCGCGAUUGAAUGACGACGACGACUGACGGACCCGCCGAAUUACGCUUAAUUUAACGAUACGGAUACCUGGUUGCGAUUCUCAUCACCACCCCAACACCAAGGCUCACGGCAGCGACGUGGGCCCGGCGACGACUUCUUGCAUCACGAAUGGGAAAACUAUGACGAGCGCACACACGCCUACAACCCACCAUGCCGUUUUUACGACGCCGCGGCAAUGUUGGCAGUGAGACGGAUAUGAGACGGCACUCGCUGUUUGACGCCCUGCCCGGUGUUCCCCCGUUGAAGGAGCCGCCCAUCCGUGCCGAAUCAUCGACCUCGGACUUGCCCGCCGCCCUGACGUCGGUUGCAGAAGAUGCUCCCGCACCGCCCUCUCCUGUUCCUCCCUCUCCUGCCUCGCCUACCUCGCCCAUGGAGCUGCCCCGCGAUAGCAUCUCGGUGGCUUCGACCCACGCCCAGGAACAGCCUCGCGCCUCCGUCUCCCUUGCCCUGCCCGACGACUCCAACAAGCACCGGCGCUUCUCCAUGCUGAGAUUCCGUAAUGCUUCCGACUCCCAGCUAGCAGCCAAGGCGAAAUUGCACGCGGCGGCCGAGAAAGCUCCUCCCAUGCCCCGCCCUCCCGAGAUCAUCACCACGGCCCCGACCACCACGUUUGACGGAACCGCCCCUCGAAAGAAACCAUCCCGAAUGAACUUUUCAAUGCGAUUACGCCGCUCUGGAGAGAUUUCCAGGACCGAGCUAGCCGAUAAUUCGAACGAGAGAUUGGGCCUGGGUACAAUGGGGGACAGGAGAGUGUCACUUGUUCCAGAGGAAAGCAGCAGUGCCGAUAGCAGCGCGAAUGCGAACGGGAAGCAGAGUGUCACUUUUGACGAACCAUCUCGGGCAUCCUUUUCUCAUGCGCCACCGGCUUAUGGGGAUGAUCAUUCAUCGACGCUUGCACUGCCUGCCACCAGGUUAUCAGAAUCCUCGAGAUCCGAUGCCAGCUCAGGGGACAGGGUGUAUGGGAGCACCACAGUAACAACUCAAACUAUACAUACUACUACCACCUUUUUCAAGCUGGGGCGGCGGAAGAAGCAGACGGACUCUCUUUUCCCCAUUGCCCACCUACAGCCCAAGAACAAGUCUUCGAUGACGCACAACUCCAACCUCUCCAGCUCAUCGCUAUCCGUACCGAACAGAGUCAGCACGGAUAGGUCGACUGCCAGCAAAUCAUCCCCCAAUGGCUCCCAGCUCACGCCGACUCCUUCUAGGACACCAUCUCGGAGUGGCGGGUCAGUCUCACCCAGCCAAACUGUCACAUUAUUUGGCAAAGGGAAUGCCUCACCAGCAACUGCCCUGUUUCGGCCGAAUUCAAGGCACUCUGGUCACUCUUCACCUACGAGAACUUACAUCCACCGGAGGGGCCGUUCGUCGACCAUGAGCUCCCUCGGUAACAAUACGCCUAGGGAGUCUGUGGAGGAACAUUUGACUCUUCCAUCAAGGACAUCCAUGUCGACCAGCCGCAAGAGCUUUGGUGACCUUCUCGGUCUUAGCAGGUUACGACACAAUACCGAUUCCAUAUCCUCCCGGCAUGGGACCCUUACCCCGGCCACCCCUGCCUCGAGCGCAUCCAAGAAUAACUCGCUCCAGAUAUCGCGUGAGUCCAUCAUCCUCCCGGAGCGUCGGGAUGAUGAUACUCCCGCCAGAUAUCUCGAGCGGUUGUUGGAAGUUGUCAGCCGUAGUGUGGUAGCGGCUGCUCUCUCCAAGAACACCGAGCCCUUUGCACAGGCCGUGCUUCGAAGUUAUAUGCGUGGAUUUAUGUUUUUUGGUGACCCAAUGGACAUGGCUCUGAGAAAACUGCUGAUGGAAGCCGAACUUCCUAAGGAGACGCAGCAGAUCGACCGUUUUGUCCAGGCAUUUGCCAACCGGUAUCACGAGUGCAACCCCGGCAUCUACGCUUCACCAGACCAGGCCUAUUUUAUUGCCUUUUCCCUCUUGAUCCUACACACCGAUGUCUUCAAUAAGAACAACAAGCACAAGAUGCAGAAAGCGGAUUACCUCAAAAACACUCGAGGAGAGGGCAUUUAUGAGGAGGUCUUGGAGGUCUUUUACGACAAUAUCACAUAUACCCCUUUUAUUCACGUCGAGGAUGAUUUCGACAUCAACGGAGAGCGGAUCGUCCCACACAAGGUGAAGAAGAAGCCGUUCCUGUUGAAUGCAGCGCCCGAUCCAGCGCGACGGACGAUAAAGGAGCCCGUCGAUCCAUACGCUGUUAUUCUCGAGGGAAAACUGGAUUUGCUACGACCAAACUUUAGAGAUGUGAUGCACCUGGAAGACCCGUACAGCUACCUCGGAACGGCAAAGACGCUGAACAUGAAGGAGCUCCAGAAGACCUUCUUCAAGACCGGUGUCUUACAGAUCGUUUCGGCAAGAUCCCGACCCGAUGCCUUCAUGACUGAAAAGACAGCUUCGAAUCCGGAGGAGGCCCAUCCUGGUAUCGUGGAUAUCAAGGUCACAAAGGUCGGGCUGUUGUGGAGGAAAGAUGCCAAAAAGAAGAAGACGAGGUCUCCCUGGCAAGAGUGGGGUGCCAUCCUCACAGGUGCCCAGCUCUACUUCUUUCGGAACACCACCUGGGUCAAGUCGUUGAUGCAUCAGCAAAAGGACCAUCUCCGAAAGGGCUGCGAUGGGGAUCCCUGCAUAUUCAAACCGCCCCUUGAGGCCUUCAAACCCGACGCGCUGAUGUCAACAGACGGCGCCGUGGCUUUGAUGGACAAGAGCUAUAACAAACACAAGCACGCAUUCGUGUAUGUCAAGAAUGGCGGGCUUGAGGAGGUUUUGCUGGCGGAAGACGAGGAUGAGAUGAAUGACUGGCUGGCCAAGCUCAAUUAUGCUGCUGCGUUUAGGACCUCUGGUGUGCGCAUGCGAGGUGUGAUAGGAGGGAAUAUCGAUGGUCAGGGGCGCAGAGCGCUCAGGAGACUGGAUGGCGAUAAUGUGCAGGUGAUCCAGACACCGACCGGAGAGGUGACGGUUUCGCGCAGCCGCAUUGACCACAAGAUGGCACAGGAUAUUUUGGCCGCGCGGAGGGAGAUCAUGAUGCAGAAGAUUACUGAUGCUGACGACAAGCUCAAGGAAGUUGAAAAGACACUUGCCGACCAGCACCGGAAUGCCCGACAUCUUUCGCUUCUGACCCCUAUUUCGCAAAAGACCCGCGACUCGUUGCUUUUGGCGGGUGCGAGGAUUGCUGCGCAGCUGAAGUGGACGCGGAUGGAAAUAUGGAAACUGAAGUGUCACCGUGAUAUUCUCUCUUUGGAUUUGGAAGAGGAGCGCCAGCUUCUCGAUACUCCUGCGGACUCGCAGUUGCAGGUGCCUAUCACUAGGGAAGACUCGAGGGGAAGCAGCCUUACAGCCCAGAAGAGUCCUCGGUCGCCCGCUCCGCUCUCCCUCACCAGAACCUCAACCGUCACAUCGAAAUCUGAAGGCUCAUCGCCAGUCACCGAGGUCUUCCAGACGCCGCCGACCAGUGCGACCUCUACGAGCUUCCUUAAGCAGGAACGGACAUGGGAGUCGCCGGCCGCGGUUCUUGAUCAAAACGAUAAUCGCAAGGCUUCGGUCUCGACGGCCAUUUCAGUCAGCUCUACCCCAGCUACGCCAUCUCGAAAGAGGGCCGAGUCCAGCACGACUGUUGAAAAGCCCAAGUUUGAGGGACCAGGUGAAGAUGUGGAUGCGGACGAGCGUGACCUGCUUGCCAAGGCUGGACUUUUGGAAGCCGCUAGCUCGGAGACCAAGUCCUCGACGGCUGGCGAUGAGCCGUUUGAUACGCCCGAGAGGCGUGGCCGCCACUCCAACAGCACCUCGGCCGAUCGGCUCGAAAAGACGAAUAUCCGGCGCAGUCUCCAGCGCACCCUUAGAGAGGGCGCCGGUCACCUCUCGCACCACCGCCACCGGAAGGGCAAGGAUUCAACGUCCAGUGCCACCAAUGCCGACGAGGGCAGCCGCGAUUCACCGGAUAGCUUCCCUCGCAGCACGGGCUCCUUUGUCGUACACGGCAAGAAGGCUUCGGUGAUCAACUUUAACAACGACCUCCAGAUCCAAGGUCUGACGGCUGAAGAGCGCAUCCGGCAACGAAUGCACCGUGGCGACGACGCAGGCAGUGUUCGGACCGGCCCGAGCGACGGCACGGACUUUCAAUCCAUCCUCACUGCUCGGUCUGUAUCCGAGCGCGAACACCGGGGAUCUGCCGCCAGCGCGAGCACGGCCACGGCCCGAAGUUUCCGGGAGCUGCACAGGAAGUACUCGUCGGCUCAAGCGGCCCACAAGACCAUUGGCAGCCUCGCGCUGCCGUCUGAUGAGGAUAGCGAUGCGGCUAUCAGCUUUUCUGACGGUCGGCACACGCCCCUUCCGCCUAUUGAUGGGGAGGAGGAGGAGAAUGCCAUUUCGACGAAUGCGCUGACGACGGCGUUGGAGAAUGCGGUUGUGGAGGAGGAGGAGGAUGAUGACGAUGAUGAUUUCCCUACCGCGAGGGAGGAGAGGAACACGGUUUAUUUUACUCCGCCGCCGGGCAGUCCGGUGAAGGAGGAGGAUGAUGGGGAUGGGGAGGGAGAUGAUGGGGUGGUGCUGCAGAAGGAUGGGGGGGAGAGGAUGGCGAGUCCACCGCCGUUGCAGUGUGUUGGUGCUUGAGAUACCCCUUUUUUUUUUCUUGUGGCUUGAUACAAACGGAGAGAAUACACCUAGGUACCUACCUGCCUUGUUUACUUAUUCGACCUUACACAAUCUUUCGAACAACCGAUCGAUCUAGCCUACCUACACCACCGCUCCUUUCAACAAACAUUUUUUUUCCUUUUUUCUGCUCGGGGGAAAAAAGCAUUGCCUAGGUACCCUACGAUGGCUUCUUUCUGUGGUUUAAUAUUUUUUUUCGUUUCGAUACGCUUUUUUUACUUUGAGUAUAGCACUUGUAUAAUGUACAGCAAACACGGCUUUUUUCCCUUUUCGGUUGUAUUUUCAUGGCAGGCAUGAGGGAAGAUGGAGAAGGGUGGGGGGGAGGGGGGGCCUCUAAGAAAAAAAAUGAUGGCGUGUGUGUGAGUGGAAAGAGAGAAUGUGUAAAAAGAUUGUUGGGAAUGGUUUUCUUUUUGCAGGUUUCUGUCUUGGGGGUUUGUGGAGGUUGCCAAUGGCUCUCUUGGUUUUUUUUUUUUUUUUUGGGUUGUUGGUGGUGGUGGUGGUGGUGGUGUUUGAGGAGUUUUGGGGGUUUGUGGUUUGGAGGAGCUUACAUUGCUGUCUACCGUUUACCUAGUUUAACAACAUAAAAGAAGCGUUGUUUAGACGGAGGGGGGAGUGAAAUAAAAAAAUUUAUUUGAUAUGAGUUUUGUACUGUGGUGUUUAUGGUGGUGAUUUGGUGGUGGUUUGUUCUGUAUGUUGAUAUCAGACCGCGGAUGAGUCCAUUGCGAUGGACUGUGACGAGUUAGAAAAGAAGAUUGUUGCGGGUUUUGUAUAUUUUGGUGACGGGCUGAUUGUGGUUUAGGGGAUUGUGCUCUCUAUGGUGGUGUUGUUCAAUGUAGGUUAGCAGGCGAGGAGCAUUGAAGGUUCGGGUACUUCGUAUACAAGAUGGACUUCUUGUGCAUAGAGAGUCUGGGCGGGGAGAGAUGUAUGUUAUUGUUGGAAAGUGAUGUGAAGGGGUGAUAUGUAGA